UGGGGGGGGAGUGUGGAUCUCACAAAGAUUGGUGAGAUAAACGGUUGCACGAAGAGAUUUGGUAAACGGGAGGUUGCUGAUAAAGUACGGAGUCUUGAGGGGGUAACAAAGGAAAACCGAGAAGAGAGAAGUGAAAAAUGGGUAAUGGGCUCGGGUGAAAGAGCGUGUGACUCGACGCAACAAGUCCAUUCGGUUUCUUUCUUUGCCUCUUCCCUUUCUUCUAGCUGCCACCCCCGGAUUUGAUGGGAAAAAAGAAAAGAAAGGAACCCUAGGCGCAACCCACUAUCUUCGGACCCAGCAUUCCAAAUUUGACUCACUGGAUAGCUUCAAUACGCUCUGUCGCCAUACUACCGCCAUAGCACCGCCGUACCACAGUACUCCAUCCCGGAAAUGGCGUAAUAGAGCUGCAUCGCCGCCAACCACUCUGCCACUUUAGGCGUCGGUUCUCCCAAAAGACCACGGCCACUAAAUUGAUCUACGUGAAUUCCCUAGAAAUUGGCAUAUGUCGGUCUUGCAGUCACGCAAUCCCGCUCUUUGUCGCUGUUCUUGCUAGUCACAAUCACCUAUACCCAACUACCUUCGAUCGCCAGUCAAAUCCACCAUCAGUUCUUUUCUCAACCAACGUGGACACGCAAGGACGUGGUAAAUUGUACAUCUAUCACGAACAAUGGAUCAAUCCAUGUCUAUGAUCGAUGCCCAGGUACAAUUCCUAGAGGAGCAACUGGUUCUAGUCCACAUCCCUUUGGAACUGUAUCCAUAUUUCUUCAAACCAGUGCUACGACUCAUCUUUGACGAGAUCGCCCCGUUGCAAGACAGCAACCAGGAUGAAGCGGAUGUGCUAGAUGACUCCGAGUCGAUUUCGGACACGGGCGCUGAGUAUCGGGAACCUGCAUUCCUCAACGUUUCCAUCACCCCCGUGGAAGUCUCGGUGAUCUGCCCUCGACGUCUGGUAGAGAAAUACUUUGACCCUCUCAUCAACCAACUUGCCCAGAUAGAUGCUUCACUGUGGUCUCGUGUAGAUAUAAGUGACAAUGACUAUAUCGCCAUGCAAGUUCUGGGCCAAGGCCUGGAAGCUGGCAAGCGAGUCCUCGAACUGACCAGUCCAUUGUCCAUGGCAGGAAUUUCAAUCUUCUUCAUCACAACCUACUUCUCCGACUACAUCCUAGUCCCCCUCCGCAGCAAAUCCAGCGUAAUCUCCACCCUCGAAAGCCGAGGCUUUCAAUUCGAAAAUUCGAACACGGCAUUCACCAACCCCCUCACUCCAAUCAUAGAACGAAAACUCAGCGACGCAGUACCUCCAGUGACCCCGCCACCCUCAUCAGUCGCAGAGCUCCAAGCCCGCACGUUCGAGAAUCUCCGCAAACGCCAGAUCCUCCCGGUAGUAGACGAUACUCUCCGUCUCGUCCAAUGCGCCGCGCACCAUCCGUACCAUCACCAGGAGAGUUCAAUGUCCAUUCUACGGGAUGCGCUAGCAAAAGUUCUCCUCGUCGACGAACCGCGGUUCUUGUCGCUGACUCUGGCGGCGCUGGAUCCGGCUGCGUCCCUGCUGUUGGAGAAGAGAUUGCUUCCAAGGUUUUCGCGGCAGACCGAUGAUGAUGAUGGGGGGUCGAGUUUACUUCUCGGUGCGCAAGGGGAUCAUCUCGUUCCUAUCAUAUUGGAUCUACGUGAUCUACCGCUGGAGGCAUCGGGUAUAGUCUGUGGUGUGGCGGGUCGACUCGCCGAAGCAACGAGCCAUUCUUCACGAGAUGAUCACCCCGACACCAACAACCGUGUGAGCGGCCAACAGAGUAGUGUGGUCGGCUCCGUCCCCAAAUUGGUCGAUACGUUCGGUACCCGGUUGGCACUUAGUGAUAAGAAAUCAUCGAGUCAGCACCAGCUCGCGCCGGCGACGCACCACCUCAAGCCGAAUUUGGAUUCGUCCGCCGAUGCAGUCGAGAUUAGCUUCCUGAGUACUGCGCGAGCAGGUACGAUUAUCGUGGGCGAAGAUGAACUGCAGAGAGCUAUUGAUGCCCUCGAUGCAGAAAAGGUGCAGGAUUCGCCUGCCGAGAUGGUAUCUGAACCUGGCGAAAUCGGACUUGGACUGGAGACGGAUACCGUCGAGGUUUCUUAACAAACUUGAAAAAAUAGGGACAUGUGUGUUUUCCCCCGUGAAUCCCCACUGCAUAUUGGCAUUUUUUGGAUUUGAAUUGGACAAAACGAGAGGAAAGCUGGACAAAAAAAGUGAUUUUAUAUUGGGCAAUGCCUGUAUGAGUACAUGAUUCUGAUUUCUGUUUACUCUGAGCCCUGGCGUUGAUUCGGGGCAUUGCUGUUGAUAAUUCCGGACCAAUUUUUACCAAUGAAAAGAAUCUCCCAUCUCUG